AAGCACACGCUCAUUUAGAAAGCUCCUCAUCGAUAAAUUAUCUGCUACUGAAUCACACGCCUCUGAAUUGGACUUCAGAACUUUCAAGACUCACGUUGACACAUCUGGACAUUCUAACUGCUAUUUGCUCUGUAUCGACUGACUGAAAGAUUUAUUCUUGAAGAGCCAGUGGUAACACAUUCAAAUUAAAGAAACAGCCGACUUAUUUUAAGCUUGGAAAAGCAGAAUAUCACCACCAACUAUGAAAGCCAUCAGCCCAGUGAGAUCCAUGGCUAGCUGCUAUCAAGCUGUCUGCUGCUUGUCUGAGCAGAGCCUGGGCAUUGCCAGGGGCAGCACCCACAAGGUUUCAGGUGUGGAUGAGCCCGUUGGUCUUCUAUAUGACAUGAAUGACUGCUACUCCAAACUCAGAGAGCUGGUGCCAGGGAUCCCCCAGGGGAGCAAACUAAGUCAAGUCGAGAUCCUCCAGCACGUUAUUGACUAUAUCUUCGACUUACAAAUUGUCCUGGGUGAAGAGAAACAACAUAACGUGGGCAACGCUAUUCUCAGUCUACAGAAAGCUGAAUUCUCAGAGAGGUCAAAUAAAAGCGAUGCCAGCAUCUGUCACUGAUCAACCUCCCCACCUCCAUCAUGGUGCAGAGAAUCGUUGAAGAAGAAAAAAAAGUUUUUUCCAUGAAGCAAAUGAGUUCAACAUGCGAAAUAAUUUAACCCUUGAAGAUCCAGAAAUAUUAAAAGACUUUCAAUUACAAUAUUUUUUUACAUAAAUAACACACUUUAAGAUGUUUUCUCUUUUUUAUUUUUUUUCUACCCCAAAUUUAAAACCAGUCAACACAAUUAUUUAUAACUUCUAUUCUGGGGUGAACUAUAUAUGUUCAUAUCCAUUAUUUUUUAUUUUUUUUAUUUUAUCAUACUUUUACAUUCGAGAUUUUUAUUUUCAUUUUAUUUAUUUUUUUAACUCUUAAAUUGCUCAGCAGAUCAAUAAUGGCAAACUUAUUGUGCCAUUCCUACCUAAAACUAUGGACCAAAACCAAGUAUCAAUUCAGCCACAUCUGCUGUUUUAUUAUCCACUUGAAUCACUAUUGUUGAAAAAAGGUAGCUAAUUAUUUGUUUUUUCUUUUAAACGGAUAUAUUAACCCUUUAAGGCCCAGGGUGACCAUAUCUAUUGACGUUUAAAAUGUUAUGAGCUGUAUAUAUAUAUUUUUUGUAAACAAAGAAUGAAUCUUUUGUCAUGGACAAAAUCAUUUUAUAUUUUGUACAGGCAUAAAAGCCUUAAAUCUGUGGUUAUGUCCUCAGAGUAAAUUCCCUCUCUCUAAAAUAGAGAAAUUGUACUGGAACUGCACAGUUUCUACAUGUCUAUUGGUUAAAACAAAAAAACUUUUUAUAAAAGUUGAUAUUUUUGUCUAUGUAAAUAAUAAAAACUUAUUUUUAA